UCCGGUAGUAUGGCGACUGCAUCCCUAAAUGCACCCACUGCUUCUCCUUAGUUUCUCCAAGGAGAAAAGGCAGCAGAUAUAUUGAUAGAUUGAUGCUGGGACAGCUGUGAUAGCCUCUGACCCUGGCAACGUGUCAAGUCUUUGUGGUUGCUGCGGUUCCCGACUUAGUUUGCACUAUUAUUAUUUUUGUUGUGUGUUAUUUUGGCAUUGUUGUGUGUCGUUGCAUGGGAAUUGCAGCUCUAUAGUUUGACUGCUUCCUUUAACCAAGAAAAAAAAACUUAUGGUAUCACUAACUUUUACAAUGUAGUACAGUAACUCAGAGGUUUAAAACCCAGUACAUUUACUCUUCUGCAGGAUUUGUAAUUGAGCUGCAACAUGAAGCGUAUGGGAUCGGAGUACAGUGCGUCUUUGUUAAUCUAACUGAUCUGCUCAGUCUAGACAGAUCGCAUUAGACACUGCAUUUAGACGUUACGAGUCUAAUAGAUCAACAGCGCGUGCUAAUCAUACAGUACAGCUAUUGUUACUACUGUAAAUCAUAAGUAAUUAACAAGGCAUUUAUUUUAAUUAAUGCCAGAAGCUUGUCAGAAUCUUUCUGUCAUCGUCUAUAUAACACAAUGAGUUUUAUUGUAAACUUUGAUUAGUUAAUGGGUUCAUUUGGAGUUCUCUGGUCGCAUUUGCACACCUGGUUGUGUUUUUCCUCCCCAAGGGUUUUUAAUAAUCAUGAAAUCUGUAAUUACGUUGUCAUAAUUACAAGGCAACACAAAGAAUGUAGUAAUUUUCUCUUGCAAAAAAAUCACCAUAGCUUCUACCUAAAUAUCAGUUAUAAAGAGAAAAUAUUCGUUUUUAUUAAUAUACUAACAGUAUAUUCAUUUAUAAUUGUUGACAAAUCACUUUACUAGUAAAUGACACAUUACACAUGUCCCAUGACUUAUUUUUAAAGUCAGAAAUCUUAUGUUUAUGCUGUGGUAACUAUUUAUAACUAUGUUUUAUUUGAUCAAAUAGUACCUAAUAUAAAAUUAAUCUAUUAUGAAAAAAAGGUUUCAUUUAAAAAAAAAAAUUUGUACUGUAAAAAAAAAAAAAAAAAAUACAACCCAGCAUUUGCUGAGCUAUAAUUAAAGCUCGAUUUUAUUUUUAUGUAUGUAUGUAUGUAUUUAUUUAUUUAUUUAAUUUCAUUUUUUUUUUAUAUUUAAUGUUAAUUGCUGGAAAGUUACAAAACCACAUACAACAAACUAGGUUGUUAAUAAUGGUUGUAAUAAAAAUGGGAAAUGAAACAAUUUUAAAACUUGCUUUUACAGUAUUAAUAAUGUGUGUGUAAUUAAGAAAUGAUCUGUGAUCAAUUGUGAGCAGUGAAUUUAUUUUGGCUGAUUCUAUUCAGAUACACUGUGAUAAUGCUGAUGAAAAACAAUAACAGACUUGGGCAAUAUGGAUAAGUAAAAUAGUUAAUGAUCUUACAGAGCAUUUUUAUAUAUCUAAUCUGUCAGAAACUAGAAUUUCAUAAUGAUUUUAUAUAGAAAUCCUCACUGCUGUGGUUUAAAAUUACCCCAGAUCAGAGAAUAUAUUACAUGCAUCAUUUACGUCAUAACUUAUAUAUGUCUGUAAUUCCCACGGUCCUUGUGCAUCAGCUAUGAGCAGAAUGCAUACUUGUUUUUCUAUUAAUUUCCCUCAGUCCUGGCCUUAUUGCUUAAACAAUGGAAGGAAAAAGGUCACUAAUAUUUCCUGUGGUAGGAGUUCCACAUGGAGAAAGAUCCGUUCAUUUGCAGGUUCCCACACUAUGGUUACUUCCAGAGCUUUGGUGUUUGUCCUCCCCUGUAAACCAUUCGUUUUCUUUCUCUAGACACUCUUGUGUGCUCUCUCUCUCUCUCUGUGUGUCUCUCUCUCUCUCUCUCUCUCUCUCUCGCUCUCUGCCUUUCUCAUAAAUGAUUGUAGGUGCUGAGAGCCAGUGUGGUUCCUUCCAUGUGGCUUGAGGGACUAUGCUGCUGCUGGUAGCUCUGUGCCUGGUCUGCACUUAUAAAACCAUCUCCGCCGCAGACAGCGGGCAGGACAGCAGCCGCACGCCACAGCUGGACUACAGCAGCCUGGCGCUGCCUCAGCAGCAUAUUCCUUUCUUUCUGCACAACAACAAACGACUGGCCAAACUCUGCAAGGAGGACCUGCUUUGCCCUUUUAAAGAUGCUCUGCUGCUCAAGAAGGCCUGCUGGGGUUAUGAAAAGAGCUGCUCCCCUGAGCACAUGUUCAGCUAUCCUGUGUGCACCAGUCUUGACUCGGGAUGGGCAAACUCGAUUCAGGCAGCCCAGGAACUCUUCUGGAAGCAGGCAGAUUUUGGUUAUGUGAGGGAGCGUCUCAGUGAGAUGAAGACUUUGUGCAAGCCGUUGAGUCCUGGUGAUUCCUCUCUGAAGUGCACCAGUCAUAUGCGGUUCUGCAGGGCCAUAAACCUGUACCUGGACCUGAGGAGUCCCCGCAGAGGUCAUGAGAGGUAUAAAGAGGAUUUCCUGGAACGGGGUGAGAUUGGUGGUCACUGCAGCCUUAAUAGUAAAGCACUAGCCGCAGAAGGGACACACAAGAGUCCUCUUCAGUCUUGGUUUGCUGAACUGCAGACAUACUCAGAGCUUGACUUCCACCCCCUGGAUGAUGGCCAUUGUGAUGUUAUAAUUGACAGACCAACCGUCUUCAUGAAGCUGGAUGCAGGAGUGAACAUGUACCAUCAUUUCUGUGACUUUGUCAACCUCUACAUCUCUCAGCACCUCAACAAUUCCUUCAGCCGUGACAUAAACAUUGUUAUGUGGGACACAAGUUUGUAUGGAUAUGGAGACCUGUUCAGCGAAACGUGGCGGGCUUUUACCGAUUAUGACAUCAUUCACCUCAAAAACUUUGACUCCAAAAGGGUGUGUUUCAGAGACGCAUUUUUCUCACUCCUUCCAAGAAUGCGAUAUGGCCUUUUCUACAACACUCCUCUUAUCUCUGACUGCCACAGCGAGGGCCUGUUCAAGGCGUUUUCCCAGCAUGUACUUUAUCGACUUGGUGUCUCACAAGAUGGACCGAAGGAGGGCCAAGUCCGUGUCACACUGUUGGCAAGAAGCACUGAGUACCGUCGGAUAAUAAACCAGCAGGAGCUUAUCAAUGCCCUGAAGACUGUGCCUUUAUUCGAGGUCAAGCUGGUGGAUUACAAAUACAAGGAGAUGCCGUUUCUGGAGCAGAUCCGCGUCACGCACAACUCUGAUAUCUUCAUUGGGAUGCAUGGAGCUGGACUGACCCACCUCCUCUUUCUUCCCGACUGGGCCGUCAUAUUUGAAUUGUACAACUGUCAAGAUGAGAGCUGCUACCGUGAUCUGGCCCGACUGAGGGGAGUCCAUUACAUGACUUGGCAGAAAAGGGACAAAGUGUUCCCCCAGGAUAAGGGUCAUCAUCCUACUCUUGGGGAACAUCCUAAGUUUACAAACUACACUUUUGAUGUAGAGGAGUUCAUGCGGUUAGUCCUUCUAGCGGCUGAACAUGUGACCCGGAACCCGGCAUGGCGCGCAAAACAGGCCCGAGAUGAACUCUAGCCUGUAAGACACAGUGCUUUCUUGCCAGGACGAUAGAUGAAUGCACUCCUACCAAAUCUCUGCACUCUGUAAAUGUAGCCGUGAUAAUGAAAAGCGCAUGGCUAAUAUGUGAAAACACAUUUUAAAUUCACAAAACAAAACAAAACCAUCUGCUCUGUUACUGAUCCUCUAGCUGUUACGUUCUGCACGUGGAGAUGCUGAGUACCUUGUUGAAGGACUCCGAUGUAUUGGUUUGACAUGUUGAUGUAUUUUGUGUGGUCUAAUAUACCUCUCCUCAAGUAUAUGUGGGCUUAUUUUUAGAGACUACACUUUAAAACAUGACUUGAGUGCAGCUUUUAUUUUUCUCCUAAAGGCAAAGGUUUGAAUAAAUUCCAGGUCAGUAGAUCAUUACAAGGUUGUAAGACAUUUUUAAACGGCACUUUUAGUUUGAAAAUCAAGUGAUUGGGUACUGAAAUAAUGUUGAGGUCACCCACAUAGUUUGGUAGCAUUUUUUAUAAACGUCAAACCACAUUUAAAGCACUUUUACUUUGUGUUUUAAUGCAUUAAGGCAAAGGAGAUCAAGCAGCUUCAUAUUUAUUACAGUGUCAGUUACUUUUUAAUUUGUAUUCAGUUAAAAUAGUCAUUUUGUAAAUGUUAAACUAUGUUAAGGGAUUCAUGACUCCAGUCCUGUUGCACUCCUUGAGAUAUCGGUUCAGUAUUGCGCCAUUUUAUAAAGUAUUUUUUUUAAUAUCAGUGUUAAGAUCCUCAGACCCUUUAAAAAGUGGCUAAACGGUAACAAAAGUUGCGGAAUUUUUAGUGCUGGUUUGAGUUGAAGACAAAGUAUUUAAUAAAAUCCUAUAAUUAUA